GGUUGGUAGAUAGAUAGGUAGUUAGGUAGGUAAAUAGGCAGCAGACAGGUAGGAAAGGACGCAGGCGACACUGGCGGCCAGGUAUGCGGAGGCGCGCGUAUCGUUCAUCGACAUUCUGUCGCAAUGAGUUAGUGACUCACGGACGUACGGACAGACGAGCAGGAGGAGAGUGCUCCGCGAAACGAUCGAUCCGACCGACAAAGAGAGAGAGAGACAGAGAGAGAGAGGGAGAGAGAGGGGGGGAGGGAGAGAGAGGGAAACGCGGCGGCGACUUCCUCUCCGCUAAAGACGACCGACGAAGGAACGAGCGAGCGAGCAGCGGAUGCGGCGAAUGUGAGAGCGUGAGUAGAAGCCCGCGUGCGCGUCCUGGCGUCAUGUAUCCAACGACGAGUCUGUUGACAUUGCUCGCGAUCAUCUGGGCUGUAAGCACGAGGACACUCACUACCGCCGACGCCGAGACGCGGGCCACCGACGUCGGCGUCGGUGGUGGCAGUGCUGCUGGCACGGUAGUGUACAUCGGCAAGUGUUGCGAGCCUGAAGAGAUACUGGUGGACGACCGGUGCAGGUCGCUGAAGGAGACCAAUGAGUCCAAGUGGCGGCCGGAGUUCACGGAGCAGAGUCCGUCAUUUGCCUUGGCCAGGUCCAAGUUCGUCGAGCCCAAGUACGAGCUAAAGAUCGGACGGCCCCGGUGCGCCUCCGACGAGCAUCAGUGGCACGUGUACUAUUAUCCGACCGGACCGGAUCGCCUGGCGAUCUUAUCGUCCGGUGUGCUGCGCCACUACAUCGUCGACUUGGCCAACGGCAUGGACGAGAAACGAGGUGUCUACGGCGGUGGAGCGUCGUCGAACUUAGAUGACGAAGAUGACGAGUCCGUGAGCAUACACUACGAUUACCAGUUCGGUCAUUAUUGCACCGACAAGGCUGUGCUGAACAGUGAUCAUCUGGUGGCCACAUACGCGAUGCUGUGUGUGCCCACAGUCGCCGUGCGGUGGUCGGAUACCAAUUACCUCCUGACGCACGCGGUAGAUCCCGCCUUCCACGCCAUAGCCAUGGCCUGCUACCUGGUUGUCGCGGUGGUUUACUUUGUGUUACCGCAGCUGCGCGACCUCGUCGGCAACAUCAUCACCAGCAUGGCUCUGUGCCUCGUGGCUAAUCAAUGUGCCUCCACUGUCAGGAUAUUCACCGAGUUCGGCAGUCACAUCAGCUUCCUGAUCGCUGACACGGUGAUGUAUGUCUCUCUGAUGGCAGCUUUCUUCUGGCUCAGCGCUCUCGGCUACUACGUGUGGAACACGUUCAGGUCGCGUAACGUCUUCCUGCGGGUAACCGACGGCAAGAAAUACUGCUAUUACUCGUCGUGGGUCUGGGGCCUGACCGUGUGCAUCGCUGGCACCGCGAUGUUCGCCCACUUCGCUUUGGAGACAAACAAGUCCGUCGUGGGUGGCACGACUUAUCCCGCGCAGGAAACCGUGGGUUGGCUUGGCAUCACCGUGAUAUUCAUGUGCAUCGCUUUUACUGUCGUGAUUAACCUGUGCCUCGUGCUGACCACGGCCAACCGGAUCAAGCGGAUGAGCACCUACGGCCGGAUUCAUCACAAGAUGAAGUACAGCUUCAGGAUGUUCGUUUUCCUGUACGCGAUCUUGAGCGCCGGCUGGAUCUCGCUGCUGUUGUCGCAGCUCAAAUAUGACGCUUUCGUGUAUUGCCACAUCGUCGUGAAUCUGUUGCAGGCGUUGCUCGUGCUCUAUGUCUGCGUAUUCGGUCAGCGCAGGGUCACGUUUUUACUCGGAAAGACGUGCAACUGCUGCAGUUCCGGCGACAACACCGAGGGCCUCGACUGGGGCGAGGAAAUGACAGCCAUCAAUGCCGGUUAUUGACUCGUCCCUCAAUACGUGGGGAAGACUAGGAGUAACGCGAAUUACGCACAGGAUACGUAACGAGAGAAACAUUCCGUACGAUCGUCCAAGCACAAGUGAUAAGGAUCGUAUAUGCACGUUCGUACGAUUACGAUCGAAUUGAAAAUAUAUUCUUCAUAUCGGUCGCGUUCAAGAAACCCGUCCCGAUUUAUUUUCAAGUCAUAGCUCGUCACUGUAUACUUUUCGUAAAUUUUAUCACAUGCGUACGAUAGAUAUACACGUGUACAGGGUAAUUCAAGGGAAGACUCGAAAUAUUUCAGGACGCGCAGUACUCGCAGAAACAGAUAAUAAGAAUAUCUAAUCAGCGUGAAUUGAAAGAAGAAAUACCGGCUGAUUUUUUCGAUUAAGAUGAACUUUACUGAUCCACGACUCACAUUUUCAUGCGUCAGUUACCCAAUCACAUGAAAAGAUCAUCCGUCUUAAAGUAAAUUCUGCGAAGUCAAUUUGCACUGAUCAGUUGUUUCUUCUUGUUGGUUUUUGCGAAUAUAGCAUGUACCUGAAUUCUACGAUCUUUCCUCAGAUCACUCCGUAUGUCUUGAAACCAAAAUGCAUUGUAAAGUUGUAAGAGUUGCGUGGUUGUGUCUUUUGCUCGAGAAAGAAACAGUAUUAUAAGUGUAAUGACGUUAUUGUAUAGAGAGAUAGCCCCGACACGUUCCAGCAAAACGUGUAAAAAGUAUACGUAUAAAUACUCGAGACAAUACUGGAAUGUAAAAAUACGGCAAUACGUAAUGUAAAUAACGAUGCGUGAAAUCAGAGUAAUAUGCAAAUUGGGAGCGUACGAGAAAUUGGGCAAUUUCACAAAUUAAAAGGGAAUUCUUAGGAAAUCGUAAUACGCGAGAUUAUGCGAGAUUAUACGCAAACCGAUCAAUCAUCAUGCUCAAGUCGAUGCACAAAAAUAAUGGCACUAGCGAAAUUAUAUACCACGUUUUCAGAGAACUCCGAAAGAUAUUUCACUUUUGGUGAUUGUAUGUGCCUUAAAACAAAAUCAAUUUCUUGCCUUAUCAAGAUAUUUGCUUGUCGACAAUUGCAUUUCUGUCGCUUCGUCAUUCUGACACGUCUACUAGCAUCUUGCAUGUAUCGAUGUUCAAGACAUAUCAUGUCCUCACAAAUGUACUGAUUUUAAAGAUAAAGUCAUUUAUAUUGUGCAAUAUCACUAAUUAUCAAUGGAUAGUGUUCAAGCGUAUGCAGGCGUAUUGCGCAAUAUAGUUAAAUAUAUGUGACGAAGCCUUAAAUGAUAUUGUACUUUUAAUAGUAUGUUUGUGUAAUAUUUAUAUCUGUAUGUCAAUUCAAUUUUUGUACAUGAGAGAAAUAUAAAUCUUUGGUAAAUAAAUUCGAAUCAAUGCCCCGAAUCAUUUCAUAUGUCCAA